AAGAAAAUAACUUUGCCCAAGUUAAGCACGACGAACUGGUUCACUUUUUGCGCGAGAGAGAAAUGGAGGCCCUGAUCGCCUCGUACGGAAACUCGUCGUCGGCCUCAGGCUCCAAGUCGCCGGUUCCACCUUCAGAUCUGAACAACUCUCAAAACCCGGCCCCAGCUCGGCCUCUGCCACCUCUACCACUUCGCGAAAGCCCCAAUUCCUCAGGAUUUCUGGACUUGUCACUAAGCGAUCGGCCGAGCAGAGUCAGGAACUUCCCUCACGUCAAGGGGAACUACGUAGUAUAUGUAUACAUCCCAGUUUAUAUACCGCCAGCACCGAGGAAAGAGAUGGCCUUGUUUUUUAACAAGCUAGCUUCGCUGGUGCCUGGUCUCCAUGCCGUUGACGUUAACGUCCCGUUUGACAUUCUGCGGAAUGACAAGCACAAGCUCGAACAAGUUGCUUUAGGUAGAAAAUUGCAUAUAAGUCUGGGAAGAACUGUCCAGGUUCAGGUACACCAGAUUGAUUCCUUGGUGACAAUGCUGCGGCAGAAGCUUCAGAAUCAGAGGCGAUAUUGGAUUGAUUUUAGCAAAUGGGAAGUUUUUGUUAACGAUGAUCGGACCCGGACAUUUGUGUCGAUAGAAGUCACUGAUGCUGGGUUAGCUGAGAUAACAAAGCAGAUUCAAGCUGUCAAUGAGGUGUAUAAGCUUCACAAUCUUCCUGAAUUUUACAAGGUUCCACGCCCUCAUAUAUCGGUAGCUUGGGCAUUGGGUGACAUAAGCAAUUCCCUGAAGAAAGUGUUUGAAGGAGAAAGAAGAAGAUCUGCAGUUGGAAGAUCAUUACAGAAAAGUAUUUUUACCAGUAAAUUCAACGGCAUCGAAUGUAGGAUUGGGAAUAAAAUACACAAAAUAUGUAAAUUUUCUGAAGAAUAAUGUAAUUGUUAAGUUGUUAACUAUAUACUGAAAUAUGUGUGAAACUAUCAGAGUAUUGAAUAUGAAUGAAACGUAGCACUUUCAAGUACUACUCCUCGUUUUUGUA